AGGACAUGUGUUAAUGUUGGUUAGGACAUGUUGGUUUUCUACCCCAUGACCAAGUUCUUGGCCGAAGCUCCUCGCUUUGUUCUCGUUCUUAUUCUCUUCUCUUAUCUCUUUUCUUAUCUGUUCGCAACAAACUUCACUGUACAGCCGAGUAGAUAAUGGUUGUUGAUGUUGCACCACUCUCCUCGCUGGAAAAAGAAAAGUUUUUGAAGCGGCUCCCUUCCCAUUUCACAUUCUGUUUAACACUCGACGAUGAACGUGGAGCGCUAGAAAGACUUACUUUAAUUCUACACUCCGUUCCCCCAGCCUUCAGUGCCCCGAUGUACAAUAUGUUGGGUUACAUUUCCUACCUGAAUGAAGAGUACGAGAACGCCAUUCAGUACUUCGAUGUGUCCUCCUCUCUGGACAAGGAUAAUUUGGUGGGUAUUGCUAACCAGAUACACCUACUGAGAAGACUGGAGAAGUUCGAGGCAGCUAACAUUACACUAGAGAGUGUGAUGGCAGCUACUGCUUCACUUCCUCGCCACAGGGAGAGACAGAAAAUAGGUCGUUCAAUAGCGGACAUAGCUUGGGCUCACUCCUUCCUCGGACUGAACUGUGUAGCAGAUCGUCUCUUCUCCACCUCCCAGAUCUACGAACCUGACCACGAGUUUACUGCACUAGGAGCAGCUCUUGUUCAGUACAACUUUAGUAAACAUAUUGACAGAAUAGCAGAGCGGUACUACCUCACUGAAUCCUCGGAGAAACUCCACUCCAUCAUACAAAAGAAACCAGAAUUUAACCUUCCCAAAGUUUACCUUGCACGGUUGCUUAACCGAAGAGAUGCAAACCAGAGGGAUGGAAUGGAUCCAAAAGCUAAAAAACUUUUAAAUGAGGCAUUAAAAAGAAGUGACCCCUUUACGGAUUACAUGGUAGCUAAGGAGAAAGAGAAAUAUGACGAUUACGACGGUUCAGAGGGCUGCAUACACCUCUUCAACAGAUCUAUUAAGAAGCACCCUACUUCUUUUGCUUAUCUGCACUUAGCGCAGUCUAAGAAGUGUAAAUUAUUUAAAGGAAGGAGUCUAGACGAGAGUGCAGAAAUAGAAAAGAUAAUAAAUAAACUUGCAGAAGAACGGGAACCACCUGAGCCAGUGAAAAAGAGUGACAGUUCAAGAGGUGACAGAUACAGUAAACACGACAAAAACCCUCCAAAACCACCCACACCCCCACCGCCUCCAACAUCUGAACAGAUAAACGAAGAGAUUCUCGCUGAGUUGGCGGAGAUAACCCGUUAUCUUGAGAACGCUCUCAUCCUAAACCCUAACCAGCAGAGGUGUUUCUUGGAGCUUGCUAAUGUUAGCAUUCUGAGGAACAGUAAGGAUGCCGCCUUCGCUUACCUCAAACAGGCUGCAGAAGAUUCUAAAGACUGUUCAGUAAAAGCGCGGGCGUAUAGGAAUCUCAGUUACUUCCAUUUGAUUGACGGGGAUGUACCUCAAGCUAACACCUUCAUGGAGCAAGCGUUCAAGUACGGUAUCAGUACACUGUGUAAAUCAGAAGAGAAAGCGAAACUAGUUGGUUUCAUUUGUACUCUACUGGAGAAUCUGCUGAACACAGGCCAGGUAUCAGAAAGUAAACAGUGGGUGGAGUACCUUGUAUCUGUGGAGCAUCCUGAGGCUCCUGAGUUCAAGGCUAGGUACAAGCAACUGAAGGGAACUGGGUCCAAAGCAGGAGGGUUGAAGGUCAGCACUGCUAUCAGCAGAACGAGAAAACCACAGAGGACCACGCAGAUCACCAAAACGAGUAUUACUGGUGAUAAGAGGGGAUGAGGGAGAUCUGGAAUUAGUUUUGAUCUAUAUUUAUUCACAUAGCCAUGUGUCUACGCGUACUGCGUGAUGUAUACUGCAAGCGAGAGGGCUCUGGUUAGAGCAACCAUAUUUAGAUGCAGUGAAACUAUCGGACUGCGAGAAUGGGGACUUGCCGCCCGAUGGCAACAUAUCAUGGACAUUACAAGGCUUAUAGUCUAGAUAUGAGGAUGUUUCAAGACUGUUUUAUUCGGUUCCAGGGGUGGUGUAAACUGCUGUUUAAUUUUAACCAAUUAAUUAAAUUAAGUGAAUAAAUCUACUGAGACUGUUAAGCUAUUACAGGGCUUCCGGAUGACAGCUUUAUAAAUUAUUACGUCAUGCAUAAUGCUGAUGGAAAUGAGUUGGAAUAUUUGUAAUUCGGAAUAUUUUCAAUAUUUGAAUGGAUGCCAUGUCCAGAAAAUGGUAAUCAUUUAUUUAAUCUUUGAUAGCUUUUUUAUUA